UUAACCUAGACACAAAGCCAGAAGAGUAUGGCCGCGUAAUGUUUCACGGGAUAAGUUCGGUAAUGAAAAUGAGUAAUUGUUUAGCUUUCACGUGAAUUAUAAUUGUUUUAAAUAGCUUAGUUAGCAUGGAGUUGGGCUUAUCUAACACGUUAUUGGCGGGUGAUCCACGAUUAAUCGAUCACAUCGUUGGAGAAGUUAAGUCUCAAGGAAUCUUUGAUCAAUUUCGUAAAGAAUGUAUCGCUGAUGUUGAUACAAAGCCGGCAUAUCAAAAUUUACGUACAAGAGUUGAAGGGUCUGUGAAUUCUUUCCUUAGCAAACAAUCAUGGAAACCAGACUUGAACAAGAAUCAGCUGAGAGAGACUUUACGCAAACAUGUACACGAGGCACCUUAUUUAGAUGCCGGUGUAGAGCGUAUAGUAGAUCAAGUAGUAAAUCCAAAAGUAUAUUCUGUUUUCAUGCCUCAGAUCGAGGACGUGGUAUACAAAUUUCUAGGCAUAGAACGACCUAAGGCAAGAGAAAGAAACGGUGCGUGUGGCCUUAAAGAUUUAUUACCCAAGGAUUUAGAUCCAGUUUCACCGGAAUCUGAUAAAAAUAGUUUGAAAGAUGUGUCUUUAGAGUCUAUGGAUGCAAUGGACGAUUUGGUGUUAAAAAAAGAUGAAAAGUCAUUUUAUGAACAGAAAUUGGAAGAGGACGAGUCUUUAAAUGAGAGAAACAAAGGUAACACCUUGGAAGAUGAACACGUUUCUUUUGAAGAAAAAGGAUUAGACGAAAGUGGCAAAUCUUUUAAUAAGACUGGUAGUAAUUUAAAUUUAAAUACAUCUGGGAAAUCGGAUGAUAAAACGGAAGAGGAUGAAGAAGACAGUCCUACGUUUGAACCAAUAGACAUUAUGAAUUUGAACGAAUCUAAUGAUUCGCACUUAUCGGGAAUAUCAGAAUUAACCAGUCACAGAUCUAGAAGUCCUGACUUUUGUAACGAACUGUCGAGAGACAAUUUUGAUUAUAGUAAUCAAGAUUCGCAGCUAAGCAAAGUCUCAUCCGACUCUCGAUUGUCGAUCGUAACGGACUUUGGAUCUUCGAAUCAUGCAUCAACACCAAUACAUGAUACCCUGAAAGACGAAGUUAAUAAAGACAAAUGUGAUGUUAAAAGCAUUAAAGACAAUUUUAAAGUUGUCAGAGAAUAUGAUUGUAGUAAAAAUAAAAGUAAAAAUAUUUUUGAAUUAAAUAGAGGUAAAGAUGUACAAGAUGUUAAAGAUUCUAAAAAUAUUAAGUACAAUUUAUCCUCCAAAGAAAAUUCUCGUGAUGCGACAGAUAGUAAUAUAAGAGAUAAGUAUGAGUGUAAAAAUAAUAGAGAUAGGAGCAGAGACAGUGAAUCUAAAUCAAAAUCAAGAGAAAAAAAUCAUGCAAAAGAUGGAAAGCAUCAUAGGGACAGAAGUAGCGACAAAAAGAAGCAAAAGAGCCACAGUAGUACAAAGUCUGAUAAGUAUGAUAAAGGUAAAUCUAAAGAAAAAACUGAUCAACUAAAAGAAAGUGUGGAUAAAAGUAAAGACUUGGAAAAAGAUAGUUAUAGUAAGGUGAAGGAAGAUAAAACAAAAGAAACCGACAAGAAGGAUAGUAUCAGUAAAGAAGGGAAAGAUUUAAAAGAUCUCUACAAAGAAAAAAUUAGAGAACUUAGGGAAAAGAAAGAAUUAACAGAAAAAGAAAAAUUAAAUAAAGACAACAAAGAGACAAAGCCAAACAAGGAAAACAGAGAUAAAAAAGAUUCCCCUAAAGAUAAGAAAUCUUAUAAAAAGGAUCAUAAAAGUUCUUCCAAAAACACUUCGUUAAGCUCGCAUGAAAUUAAAACUAUUAAAACAUCUGAUAAAGUUGAUGGGAAAGAGAAACGAAGUGAAUCAAAAGAUAAGAGUAAACGAGAUGAAAAACGUAGUUCAAAAGAUUCAAAGUCGAGAAAUCACGUAAGUAUUAAAGCAGAUUCAAUGGAAAAGUCAGAUAAACAAGAUACAAAGAAAAUUGUUAAAAAUGAAAGGGAAGAGAAAACUGAAAAAUCCGAAAUGAAGAAAGAUGUUAAAUCAAGCAGCGAAAAAGUGAAUGGCAAAAAAGAUAUAAAGAGUCACAUACAAAAUAAAAGCUCAACGCGAAAUGAAAAAUUAGAUAAUAAAAAGGAUUCUAAAAAUGACCUAUUAAAUAAGGACAAGAAACGUAAAGAAGAAAAAAAAUCCAAGUCGAAAGAUGAUCAUUCUAGUUUAAGAAAAAAUUCUAACGAUCGACGUUCGACAGACAGGGAUGGCUCAAACGGGUCAAAUAGUAAAAGUUCACAAUCUAGUACUUCUAAUUCCAACAUUGCGAAUAGUAAAUCGGGCGCAUCAACUUUGUCCAAAGAAACAAAUCAUAUGAGUAAUUCUGGUAGUGAAACAUCAGACAAUAUAGAAGAAAUGCAUACAAGUGAAUUGAAAUUGUCACUGGAAGAAUCGGAUAAAUUACACAUAGAGUACAAAACGAACGAUAGCAGUAAUUAUGAAACGCAUACAUAUACUAAACACGAAUCAGAAUCUAACGACAGCAAUUUACCGCUGAAGAAACGACAAUUACUUGGUGAGAAUAACAGCACCUUAGGAGAAGUGAAAGUGAAGAAACCAAAAUUUGCAAAGAAUAUACACGAAGCCAAGAAAUUAAUGAAAAUAAGGAAGCAGAUAGAAAAACAAAAGCUGAAAGAUAAUAAGAAAAUAGAGAAAAAACUUCAACAGAAAGUAGAACAUUCGGUGCAAUCGAACGUUAACAACGAUAACUUUGAAAGUGUGCCGGACGAAGAACGAGUCCAAAUAAUAGAAAUACCGGAUGAAGAAUACGAAGAACCGUAUCCCGAGAACCACACCAAUUUGACAUUAGAAGAAAGAUCAAUAAUGAUGUUACAAAGCGAGGCAGGUGCAAAAGAAUUAUUGGAAACACGUUCUAACUUAAAAUUAAAAUUAACAGACAUGGAAUUGUGUAUACAGCAAUCAUUGAGCAAAAAUGUACAGACAAUGCUCUCUAACAAUGAAGGAAAAGGAGAUUUACAAAAUAAAGAGUCGCUGUUCUCUACAAUAGGAGAAACAAUAGGAAGCAAUAUAACAAAGCCAGAAAACAUAGAUGACUGUGUAGAAAACUGUUCUAAGAAAAAGGAAUUGCUGCCUGGAGCUAGUACAUCUAAACUAGAAAAACAUGUAACAUGUCGAAAAUCGAACUAUUUUGACAGUUGUACCAAUGAAAAUAAAAAUUAUAAAACACCUGGACAGUUAAACGCAUCAAACGGUACAGUGGGUGAUGUAAAUUGUUUAAAAGAUAGAAAAUUUAUGGAAAUGCCUACAAUGUCAAAAUCUAAAGACAAAAACAUUUCUCAGGACAUUCAAAAUAAUAGCCAUUCUAAAGUAAGCAGAGCCAUAGGUACAGAAUCUACAUCAAUGGUAUCAGAAGAAAAUGAAGAUUGUCGUUAUUUCAAAGCAGAUAAUGAACAAUCAGAAAAGUUCUCUAAUUUCUUAGAAUCACUAGAACUAGUAGAAAAUAGUUCUUUGGAAGAUAUAAUAGAAAGUUUAGGAGGACAAGUUGUAUCUUCUAUACCAAAAGCUAUGGCGCCUCCUUUACCAAAACGCAAACACUCAACUAGCCCAUUGACAGAUAUAUUAUUAAAUAACUCAAACAAUAACAACGAUGGCCAUAAAAGAGCACUGAAUUUACCUAGCGAAGAUGCUUUGAAUAAUAUAAAGAAAAUGAAACUUGUGGCACCUAAGAAGCAAAGAGUUCAAGCAGCAAAUAUUUGCACUCCUCAAGGACUUUUAAAUGGAGAGAAUUUUGUUAUGCCUCUAAGUCCAGAAAGUGAUGUAUCUGCAACAAGCGAAAAAAUACCAUCGUCAAAUCUAAUUAAAGAAGAUAAAGGCCGUCAUAGAAGCAGUCAGCGUUAUUCAAGCGAUGACUUAUACAAACCACGUCCAUUAUUUUCAAGUUCUUCUCGCAGAAGUAGGAGAUCUAACCAAGCAUAGCUAGUAGCAUGUAGUUUGAGAUGUUAAAUUAUGUUUUACUUUAUGUAAUAUAAAAGGAAGUUCUAGUUGUUGGUUCUAGUAAUAUACUCUACACUAUAUUUGAAUCAAAUAUUUUUGAACUCAAUUAAUACAAAUAAUGGU